AUGGACGGCGACCAUGGUUUACACAAUGAUAACUUAUAUGAUGACGAUGGAGUCAUUCAACAACAUGCACAAGGUCAUCAUUACGAGUCAUAUCGCGUGCUUCCAAAGGGUCCUGCUGAAAAUAGUGUGACGGAUGAUGAUCCAUAUGAGUUUAUCUACCACAACCUGCCACAAAGACAUAAACUGAGACAAGUGUCUGACUGCAGUUACUGUGGAGGCACGGGGAAGUCGUUUCUAUACAAGGCCCUCCUUGCUAGAGUUCGGUCUAGAGGAUUAAUUGCCAUUGCAACAGCCACAUCUGGUAUAGCCGCAUCAAUAUUGCCAGGAGGACGCACUGCACACUCUAGAUUUAAAAUACCAAUUAAAAUUGGGGACAACAUCAUAUGCAGCUUUACAAAACAGAGUGGUACUGCUGAGUUGCUUCAUAGGGCAUCUUUGAUUAUUUGGGAUGAAGUUGCCAGGACUAAGCGUCAGUGUGUAGAGACACUUGAUAGGUCACUCCAGGAUAUCAUGGAAUGUGCUUUGCCAUUUGGAGGAAAGGUCAUGGUAUUUGGUGGAGACAUUAGACAGGUCCUACAUGUGGUGACACGUGGGACAAGAGCACAGGUAACUGAUGCUACUUUGCAAAGAUCCUAUUUGUGGGAUAAAAUAAGGAAGAUAAGAUUGUCACGGAACAUGAGAGCACAGUCAGACCCCUGGUUUUCUGAGUACCUGUUACGAAUUGGAAAUGGAACCGAGGAAACCAUUGGAGAUGAUUACGUCCGGCUCCCCGAUGACAUUGUGAUUGGUUAUACUAACACAGAGGUGGCAGUCAACCAACUUAUUCAAGAUGUUUUCCCAUCACUUGAAGAACAUGCAACAGCCUAUAUGAGUUCCCGUGCCAUUCUGUCGACCAAAAAUGACCAUGUUGAUCGGCUGAAUGCAAUGAUGAUUGAGAGGUUUCCAAGUGACGAAAAGGUUUACCACAGCUUUGACACUGUUGUUGAUGAUCCUCAGAAUCACUUCCCUAUUGAUUUUAUGAAUUUAAUAACUCCAAAUGGACUCACCCCACAUGAGCUUAAGCUAAAAAUCAAUUGUCCUAUGAUUCUUCUCCGCAAUCUUGAUCCAAACAAUGGCUUGUGCAAUGGAACAAGGCUCAUGGUUAGAGCAUUGCAAGACAAUGCAAUUGAUGCUGAGAUCGUUGCUGGACAACAUGCAUGGAAAAGGGUGUUCAUACCAAGGCUUUCAUUGUCCCCCUUAGAUGAUAUUUCUCUUCCUUUCAAGUUCAAGAGAAAACAAUUCCCAGUUCAUCUGACUGUUCUGGGAGCAUCUGUGAAUAAAUGGAAGAAAAGUGCUCUUCCAAGUAAUAUUCUAGACUUAACUGCAAUAGAAAACAAGGAUGCUGAUUCUGCUUGGUUCACACCAUUGAAGGAUGUUCUUUCACAUGAGAUGAUGGAUAUGGUGGCUGAAGCAAAGGAUCUUGCAAAGGAAAGCAAAACUGGGGAUAAUUAUGUAAGAGAAGUGAACACGGAUGAGAAUAAUGGGGGUUCUGAUUGUACUAUGAUUUCUAUCCCUCUGCAAGAGUGA